AUGGCCGAGAAAAAGAAUCUGGCUCCGACGGAGAAAAAAGAGAAACCUCACGAAGAAGGGCUGUUGGAGAAAAGAAUCGUGAACUCGAAUUCCAAUAGAUUGUACUCUGGAAAGAUUUCUAUUGAGCAUCAACACCACCGUGGCAAUGUUCCUCAGCCACUCAGUCAACUUCGGGUACCAGCGAAUUGUUGUUCGUCAACCUCACUGCUAAGACCGUAUGGCUCGACAUCAGAUUCUACCCGAUUUUUAUCUUCUCAGAGUUCAGUUACGCGUGAGUUCUCGGUGAGGUCGCUGCAUGAGAUUCAAUACUUGAACACUAAUAGGUUAAUGGGACAGAAAAAAUCCUCAGCGGAGGACAAAAGCAUGAAAGUGUGUAAUAAGAAAGAGGUUUCUAAAAUCAUAGAGCAAAACUGCAGCAAAAGCACAACCACAACUGUUACAAUCAGUAAGAACUCAAAAAUGCCCUAUACAAAUGCAAAGGAGAAUUCGAAAACAUCCGAUAACACGAAGCUCGAUUACAUCCACGUCCAUGCCCGUCGCAGUCAGGCCACCGAUAGCCACAGUUUGGCCGAAAGAGUAUGAAUUCAUUUUUAAUUUACAUUAAGAAAGUAUGAUUGCUCCCAACCCGUUUAACCACGUCUAACCGUUAGAUUGUUCCACAUAAGAAUAUGUUUUUUUUAGAGAAGUUUACAGUGGUACUUAAUAACUACUCUUGAAUUUUGGGAAGUUUGUUUUUGUUUUGCAUUUGUGAGUAGUGCCUUUGAGAUUUUGUUGCGGUUGUUUAAUUAGUCUUGAGCUUCCAUGGGCGGUUUUUGUAAUUGUUCCUAAGUUUCGUGUUGUUUCGGAUCAUUUGUCGAGCAUUUUUUGCUUAUGAGCAAAGGUUUUGUAUUGUGAUGGUAGAUAAGAAGGGAGAAAAUAAGUGAAAAAAUGAAGUUCUUGCAAGAUUUGGUCCAGGGUGCAACCAAAUAACUGGAAAAGUAGGAAUGCUAGAUGAGAUAAUCAAC